AUAUUGUGCACAAUGCCUCAUCUGGAGGAAAAGAUUCGCAUCGCGAUUGCCGGCGGAGGCAUCGGAGGCCUUUGUCUCGCAGUCGGUCUCAUGGACUAUCCCAACCUCGACGUACACAUCUACGAAGGCGUACCAGAGUAUACCGACAUUGGUGCCGGACUCGCGCUGCACAAGAAUGCCAUCACCGCCAUGGACCUCAUUCAUCCCGCGAUCAAAAAGACGUACUUUGCCAAAGCCCUUACCAUGGCUGGGGAAGAAGACGAGGAGAUGGUCACUCAAGUUGUUCUUGUCAGUGGACCCAACACCGGAGAGCUGGUCGCAGAGCUGGGUAAAGCANAAGGUCGCAGGACCGUAGCAAGAUCGGAUCUGCUUGACGGGUUACUGGCCUUGUUGCCCAAAGACCGUGUUACUUUUGGCAAGAAGCUCGACAGCAUCCAAGAAGAUGGUCACAAGGUAACACUCACAUUCAAGGAUGGUACGACAGCGGAGGCCGACUGUCUGCUUGGUGCAGAUGGUGUGCAUAGUGGUACUCGAAAAUAUAUCCUUGGACCGGAUCACCCAGCCGUACCGCCGAAGAACCCCGAUGGCUGGAGGGUGCACUCACGUCAAGUGCCCAUGGAGCUUGCAAUGAAGACGAUCGACUCGAAAUGGAGGCGAACCGUGCCAAUUCUCUGUGGCAAGGAAGGUCACGUCAAUAUGAUGCCUCUUCACAAAGGAGAAAAGUUGAGCAUCAUUUGUGUGACACGUACUGGUAUUGCAAGCGAUGGCAGUCUUGCACCCUUCGAGAAGGAGCGUUUUGCAGAUUACCGCGAAGACGCCAAAGCCGCCGUCGAGCAGAAGAUCACUGUACUGAUCAGAUUCGCAACAGNNCUUGUCGCAGAAGACCCCGCCAUAACUUGGGAACUCCAACAACAUGAACCGGCACCCUAUUACAACCAACGCAACAUUGCUGUGAUGGGAGAUGCAGCCCACGCAUGUAUGCCUUUUGUCGGACAGGGUGCAGCUCAAGCCAUCGAAGAUGCUGCUGUGCUCACCGCGCUUUUCAAGCGUGUAGAGUCAGCAUCGCAGAUAGAGAAGGCACUGAAAGCCUACGAUCAGGUUCGUAGACCCCGUGCACAAGCCGUUGUCACCAUGGGCUGCGACUUUGGCCGCCUGUAUGAUUUCGCACUACCGGGUGUUGGGGACGAUCCGGUCAAGAUGAAGCAGUUUAUGGGCAAAGCAGCGGCUUUCACCAACAACGCCGACCUAGGAAAGCAGAACCAAGACGCUUUGGACGCGUUCGAGGCUUUGAUGUAG